AUGGAGAACCUCGAACGCACAUGCGCAUCGUUGCGCGCUCAAAUCUCCGCCACAGAAACCAAGUUAGCGGGGUUGCGACGCGAGCUCGAAAGCGCAGAAAAGGCCGCCAUAGACAUCAGGAAGCAGGAGGAUACCAAGACAGAAGAAGAGAACAAGAAUCGUGAAACAAGGACCUGGCCACUUCUGGCCGAGGAGUAUCGGCGCUAUGGAAGACAGAUGAUUGUACCGCAGCUUGGUCUUCAAGGUCAGUUGAAGCUUCGGUCCUCGAGGAUGUUGAUUGUUGGCGCGGGUGGAUUGGGAUGUCCGGCUGCGCAGUAUCUAGCCGGUGCGGGAGUGGGCACAUUGGGUCUGGUCGAUGGGGAUACGGUCGAGUUCUCGAACCUUCACCGCCAGGUACUACACCGGAGGAGAACCGUUGGAAAGUUUAAGGUGGAUAGUGCGAUUGAGUACCUUCAAGAAUUGAACCAUCACUCUACAUACAUUCCCUACAGAGCACACCUUACACCCCAAGACGCACCGGAGAUCUUCAAAGACUACGACCUGAUCCUCGAUUGUACGGAUAACCCCGCGACCCGUUACUUGAUCUCGGAUACUGCAGUACUGCUUGGGAAACCGUUGGUCUCUGCCUCCGCAUUGCGAACCGAAGGCCAGCUCAUGGUCCUGAACAACCCUCCUCGACCAGCCGGAGAUGCGACUGGAGGACCAUGCUACCGAUGCGUCUUCCCGAAACCACCACCCGCGAAUAGUGUUGUCAGUUGUGCAGAUGGUGGAAUCCUUGGACCUGUGGUGGGGACGAUGGGUCUUCUGCAGGCGUUGGAGGCGAUCAAGGUUAUCACUGCAAGUGACAGCACACCUCGUAAUCCCCCAUCACUUCUUAUUUUCUCUGCGUACUCGUCGCCUCAGUUCCGGUCCAUCAAGCUUCGCUCCCGUCGGGCGAACUGCGCGGUGUGCUCUGCUGAAGCUAAAGUGUCGUUGGAUACUUUGAAGUCGGGGUCAACCGACUACGAAUUCUUCUGCGGAACAGCAACCCCCGAGACACUGCUCUCACCAGAAGAACGCAUUUCACCGCAGGAAUACCGAGCAAGGCAUCCCGAUACAUUCGCGGCAGGAACUACUCCUGCCGUAGACGGCAAGCACACAAUGAUAGACGUUAGAGAAAAAGUCCAGUUCGACAUUUGCAACAUCGACAACAGCAUCAACAUCCCGAUCUCAAGCAUCCUUUCAUCCCGCCCGACUCCGGCUGCGGAGGAUGGUAUCCCUGCUCCAUUGCCCUCGUGGCUUCCAAGAGACAUCGCUUCUCCAGACUCCACUGACCCCGUAUAUGUUGUGUGCCGUCUUGGGAAUGACUCGCAGGUUGCUGUGAAGAGGCUCAAGGAACUGGGUUUGGACCGUGGAGGCCAGAGGUUCAUUGGUGAUAUACAGGGUGGACUGCAUGCCUGGCGAAGACAGGUAGAUCCGGAGUGGCCUGAAUAUUAG